UUUUUCCUAUAAGCCAGGGUAUAAAAUGAAUUCCAAUCUCAGCAGAGGAUUCAUCUUCCUCCUGCAGCGAUGACUGGGACUGUCCUCUUCCAAAUCCUCCUGCUGGCGGGUGUCCUGAGCGCCAAGCGCUUCCCGUGCUUCCCUGAGUAUUGUCUCCGUGACCAGGACUACGAGGAGCUGCUGGAGAUUGCCCGGGACGGGCUGGAGCCCGCGGCUCACCCGGCGCACGUGGUCGUGGUGGGCGCGGGGAUUGGGGGGCUGACGGCAGCCAAGCUGCUCCGGGAUGCUGGACACAAGGUUACCAUUCUGGAAAGGAGCAGCUGGGUCGGGGGGCGGAUCCGGACGUUCCGCCCCGAGGGCCAGGACUGGUACGUGGAGCUGGGGCCCAUGCGCCUGCCAGGCAAGCACAGGCUUGUCCGUGAAUUCAUCCGCCAGUUCAACCUGAAGCUGAAUCCCUUCAUCCAGAGGGACAACAACACCUGGUACUUCCUGAAGGGCGCUCGGGUCAGGGCGGAGGAGGCGGACAGGAAUCCCGACAUCCUGAAUUACACCGUGAAGCCGUCGGAGAGGGGCAAGAGCGCCACCCAGCUGUACCGGGAGGUGCUGGACAAGGCCUUUAAGAAGUUCCAGACCACUGAUUGCAGGCAGUAUCUGGCUCAACACGACUCCUUCUCCACCAAGGAAUAUUUGAUCAAGGUGGGAGGGCUGAGCCGAGGAGCUGUUGACAUGAUCGGGGAUGUGCUGAAUGAGGACUCGGGGUUUUACCUGUCCUUCCUCGCCUCGCUGUGGGACUUCAGCAUCUUCUCUGAAGAGAGCUUCGAUGAAAUCACGGGAGGGUUCGACCAACUGCCCAGAGCCUUCCACAAGGCGCUGCCCAACGUUGUCCGGUUCAACUGCACUGUGGAAAAGAUCAUGACGAAGGGCAACAAAGUCCGAGUGUUCUACCGCGCCCCCGACACGCUGGCCCCGACCAUCGUCACUGCGGAUUUCGUCCUUGUCACCUCCAGCGCCAAAGCCACCAGGCACAUCCAGUUCCUGCCGCCGCUGUCCCCUGCCAAGGCCCACGCCCUGCGCUCCAUCAACUACGCAAGCGCCUCCAAAAUUAUCCUGGCGUGCUCCGAGAAGUUCUGGGAGAAGGAGGGGAUCCGCGGAGGGUACUCCAUCACCGACCGCCCCUCCCGCUUCAUCUACUACCCCAGCCACAACUUCUCCAGCGGGGUGGGCGUCAUCCUGGCCUCCUACACCUGGAACAACGAUGCCGAGUUCUUCCUGCCCCUCACAGACGAGAAGUGCCUGGAUGUGGUGCUCCAAGACCUGGCCGACAUCCACCAGGUGAGCAAGGAGUACCUGCAGUACACCUGCGACCAGCACGUGAUCCAGAAGUGGCAGCUGGACCAGCACUCGCUGGGGGCUUUCGCCGCCUUCACCCCGUACCAGUUCGUGGAUUACUCGCGGGCUCUGUUCACUCACGAGGGCCGGGUCCACUUUGCCGGGGAGCACGCGGCGCAGCCCCACGCCUGGAUCGACACGGCCAUGAAAUCGGCCAUCAGGGCCGCCAGCAACAUCCACCACGACAGCGGCCACGCGCCGCACGGGGACAGCUCUGGGACACCCGUGCAGAGGGAAGAGCUCUGA